AUGCAAUCCUUUCGUUCUCUUCACUUCCUCUCUUUCAUUUCCUCUCUCUCAAUUUUCUUUGUGUUCGUUAUCCCUUAUUUCCUCUCUCUCUCUCUCUGUUUUCUUUCUGUCAUUUCUCUCUCUCACACACACAUUUCCACUCUUUCUUUCUUUCUUUCUUUCUUUCUUUCUUUCUUUCCGUUCUUUCCGUUCUUUCCUUUCUCUCAUUCCCUCUCUAUCACAAUUUCUUUCGUCGCACAUUCUCCUUAUUUGCUUCUAUUAUCGCUCCUUUCACUCUUUCUACUCCCAUUCCAUUUCCUAGAUUCCUACUCAUUUGCCGACUCUCCUAAAAUCAUCUCCGCAACGCGGGGGUUCCUAAAUGUUUACAUGCCCAAGACAUGUUGGAACAGUUGGUAUGAAUGUAAUCUAUCUAUCUAUCUAUCUAUCUAUCUAUCUAUCUAUCUAUCUAUCUAUCUAUGUGUUUUGCCUCCCUUUCUCAUUUUUCACUUACUUGAUUAA